AGAUGUCUGCUAGUCGAAUUUCCUCGUCUGCUUCGGGCGAAAUCAGGCAAAUUGUUGCCAAUAUCAGACAGCAUGUUGCGUUGGGGACAACUGAAACGUUGAUAGAGGAUGAAAACUUUGUUUUCCAAAUGCUUAAAUUGAUGGUGGAAGAUGCAGUGGAUACUGGAACAAAAACAGAAUUCCUGAGGGUGCUUGAAGACUGUGGGGGUGAUGUUCUGGACACUAAAAGUAUUGAUGAUGUUGCUUCCAAUCUGUUUGGGAUCUUCCGUCAAUAUGAGAGUCGAGAUGACAGCACCAACUUCCUCACACAGCUUCUUAUAACAGUGACCACAUUGUUAGUCAGCUGUCAGAAUAUUCCACAUGAUCCAACUGCAUCACUGAUAGAAAUUCUAUGGAGUAUAGCUGCCAAAGUGAAUGACGUCAGCAACAGGAGACUGAGGGCUGUAGCAUGUCAGUGUAUGGUUCAGUUGGAGCAGACCUCACCGGGAGUGAUGUGGCGGUGGCGAGAUCGACUUGUACAGGCUGUGAAGCAGGACCGGUCCGAAGUGUGUCAGGACUAUGUGACACUCCUAACAACUGUGCUGUACCACAUGGCAGGUGAUAUUGGUGCACCUGAAAGUCCUGUUACCCCAGAUUUUAGUCCAAGGUCCAGCGUGGAGAGGAUGGUGUCUGUUUCAGGUGGCUCUGGUGACACACUGUCUGCAGUCUCCUACAUCAUGGACCACAGCACCAUCUUCACCCCAGCAGGGCUGGUGGACAUCCUCACCUCACUGUCCGGCAUUGUACAGAACUCCCCCAGCAUCUCCCCAACAAUCUUUAAACCUCUAAUGCUUCACCACAUGGCCACCCAGGACCCCUGUCUCAUGCACAUUAUUCUCUAUCUUCAGCGAGAGUACUCAGGGGAGAUUCUGACAUCAUCUGAGGAAAAGUUACUGAUGAAAAGGCUUGUGACAGCUGUCAAUCAAAAAUCCAUAAGUCCUGCCUACAGGCUUGUAUUUCUUCAGUGGUUCCAAGGAUACUGCCAACUGGAGGAUGAGGAAGACAGCAGUGUUAUGGGGCAUGUGAGAGAGCAGCUGUCAUGGAGACUGCUGCCUUCAGUGUUUGACUCCAUUGACCUCCAUGUCGGGAAGGUGUCAACCCUGAACAUCUGCACCCAACUACAGUCAGAGACAGGUUCGGAAGAGUUGUCUCUCCUGCUGUCUAGCCUCACCUAUUUAAAGAAGCUGACUGUUUGUACUGGGAACAUAAGGUGGCGGUCUCACUGUACCGCUGUCUCUUCAACAUCCAGGCCAAACACUGCUCACAGGAUGUAGCCACGAAUACUAUCAAAAUCUGCCAGACAGUGUUAAGCAACUACCCCAAGCUGGUCCCCUUGGUGCUGAACUUCCUCCAGUGUGUCCGAGACCAGGCUGCAGAUACUGUGGUGUACAUGAAUAUCCUGUCCUCUCUACACAACCAAGUAUUAU